AUGUUUGAUGAUUCUUUAAUACGUUCCUGGACCAUGAUUCGUAAAGUGACAAAAUAUGGGUUCAUAACUUCAAACGAAUUAAGAGUAAAAGGGCCAGUAAUCUUAAUCAAUGGCACAUUAUUUUUGUGGAAUGUACCUCAAGGUAGUUUUGGACAAGAAAUAACUAGGAUAGAUAAUGUGUUUAAUGGAUGGAAUAAAGAUUUUCUGAAAAUUUUUGAAAUUAUCACACCAAAACCUGAACUUUUGAUUUUUGGAACAGGAAAAAUGUCUGUUCCGAUUCCCCUAGAAAUACGAGAUUACAUCCAUAAAUUAGGAUUACAAAUAGAAUACUCAGAUACGGACAACGCGGUGUCAACAUUCAAUGUUUUGGCCGAGGAAGGUCGAAAUGUCGCCGCUGCAUUCUUACCAAUUAAUUCUAUACAUUAUAAACCCCGAGAAAUUUAA